AUGCCCGGGUGUGCUGCUAUUGGAUGCUCAAACUCUUAUAAGAAAGGGUUUCUAAUGAAAUAUUUUCCUAAAGAGCCGGCCAGAAGGAAAUUGUGGCUAUCAAAAAUGAAGAGAGAUAAUUGGGCUCCAAAUAAUUACUCUUGUAAUUGUGAAAUUCAUUUUGAGCCAGAUAUGUGGGAGAAAACACGAGAAGAUGGUAGUUGCAGUCUUAAACACGAUGCUGUUCCUACCUUAUUUUGUUUUACAAAAGAAGUUAAGAAAUGA